AUGGAACAAUUAAGCUUCACCUCCCCAGCCUUCUUCCUCCUCCUCGCCAUCUCCUUUGCAUCCGUCCUUUUCGUUGCCACCCUCUCCAAGAACCGGUCCAGUCGCCGCCGCCGCCGCCUCCCGCCGGGGCCCCCGGCAAUCCCGAUCAUCGGCCACCUGCACCUCCUCCGGCACCCGGUCCACCAGACCCUGUACCGCCUCGCCACCCGCCACGGCCCCCUCUUCAGCCUCCGCCUCGGCUCCACCCACUGCGUCAUCGCCUCCUCCCCUGACCUCGCCCGCGAGCUCUUCAAGAGCCACGACACGGCCAUCUCCAACCGCCCCCAGACCGCCGCUGCCCGCCACUUUGCCUACGACGCCUCCGGCUUCGCCUUCGCCCCCUACGGUCCCUACUGGCGCUUCGUCAAGCGCCUGUGCAUGUCCGAGCUCCUCGGACCCCGGACCGUUGAACUCCUCCGCCCUGUCCGCCGCGUCGAGCUCCUCGAUCUCCUGCGCGCCGCUCUCGCCAAGUCGGCAUGUCGUGAGCCCGUCGACAUGAGCUCAGAAAUAAUCAAGAUGACGAACAAUGAAGUCACGAGGAUGGCGGCCAGCACGACGUCGUCGGGGGCCGGAGGGGAGACUGAGGAGGCUCGGGAGCUGGUGAAGCAGGUGGCGGAGCUCGUCGGGGCCUUCAACGUUGCCGACUACAUCGGCUUCUGCAAGAACUUGGACCUCCAGGGGCUGGAGAAGAGGGUGAGGGAGGUGCACCGGAGGUUCGACGCGUUGAUGGAGAGGAUCAUAAGGGGAAAGGAAGAGAAGAGGAGGAGGAGGAAGGAGAUGGGAUGUGGGGGAGAGGACGAGGUGAAGGACUUGCUCGACAUCUUGCUUGAUGUGGCCGAGAAUGACGACGCUGAGAUGAAGCUCACCAGAGAGAACAUCAAAGGUUUCAUCCUGGAUAUCUUCACCGCCGGCUCUGAUUCUUCCGCUGCUACCAUCGAAUGGGGACUGGCGGAGCUCAUCAACCAUCCCGAAGUUCUGGAGAAGGUGAGAGAAGAGAUCGACCGGGUGGUCGGGAAGGACAGGGUGGUCGAGGAGACCGACCUCCCGAACCUGCCCUACCUCCAAGCAGUCAUGAAAGAAACCAUGAGGCUCCACCCUGCGGCCCCCGUAGCCCACAGGCAAACCACCAAAGCCAUCCACGUAGGCGGCUACGACAUCCCGACCGACACCGUCCUCAUGGUUAACCUGUGGGCCUUCGGGAGGGACCCCAGCUACUGGGAGGACCCGCUGGAGUUCCGGCCGGAGAGGUUCAUGUCGGACGCGGCGGCGGUCGAUGUCAGGGGGCAGCACUUCCAGCUGCUACCGUUCGGGAGCGGCAGGAGGGGGUGCCCGGGGAUGGUGCUGGCAAUGCAGGUGGUGAGCGUGACGGUGGCUGCGAUGGUGCAGGGCUUCGAGUGGGAGGUGGUCGGAGGGGAGGGGAGGUUGGACAUGAAGGAGAAGGAGGGCAUGGUGGCCGCACGGCAGCACCCACUGGUACUUGUGCCGGUGGCUCGCUUGGACCCAUUUCCAGCAUUGGCGUAAUAAUAAAGAGCAAGGAGCGCCCAAAGCCACUUGGACCGAAUAAAAGUGUAUUUGUGCGAUAUUCACUGGGAAAUAAUUUGUUGAUUACGUGAUGCGGUUAGUUUCGGUUUCAUGAAUCAAGAAAAACAAAAGUUAGAUUAAAUAAUAAAACCGUGGGAGGAAUGAUGCCCUGGGCGCUGCAAUUGGCGGCACGGUCAUCACCUAUGGUCACAUAAUUGGCGCAUUUAAAAACUAGUUUUUAUCUUUCUUUUU